UCCGUAAUCGCGAAACUCCAAAAUUAAUUUUGUAAUUGAUCGGAAUUCGGAACAAAACAUACAAUUCACCAAAUACAAUUGUUAUUGGAAUUGAAAGAAAAUUAACAUCUACAUUUUUAAUUUAAAAAUAAAAAUUAAUUAUGGGCCAUAGUUACCGAGAAUUGUAUUACCAAAAUAUGUAUAUUUUCACCAGUAGCGUAAUUUAAUACCCAAACAAGUUUAUAUGCGCAUUGAUACCAAUUAGAAUACAUGAAAAAUGUCUCAACAAAAUGAUAACUUGGACUUUUCCGGCUUAUUUAAAUUGGACGUGUUGGUGCAUCUUGAUAUUGUAAAUCAUAGUUUUUAUGAAGUGGGUUUGAAAAAGUUCCUUGCUUUUUCUAGUGACAAAGAGUUGAUGUUUUUAUAUAUUAACCCGCAAUCUGAGAGAUUUGAUAAUGUUUAUGAUUGGGAUUUCGUCGACAAUCCAGUUUAUUGCAUGUGCUUUGAACCAAGUGGUACUUGGGUAUUUAUUGUGAGUGACCAAAAGGUAUUACUCGUACCAUUUCUGCCACUCUUCAUACCACAAAAUACGUUUGACUGCAAGUGGUCACUAUCUAGUGUGACUGUAUUACCUCUUGCUGAAAUUCCUCAACCAACAUCAGUUGUGUGGUGGCUCACUAAAGAGUCAGAAAAUAUUAUAGUAAUUGGAUCCAAGAAUGGAACUAUAAUUUUUUACUCAUUAGAAUCUCAGAGUAUUGUUGGUGAAACAAAGGUAAAUGGAGAAAUCAAUGAAUUGCAGAUGUGUUUUGAUGACUCGUUAGAUUUAUUAGCUUUGUUGAUAUCCAAAGGUCCUUCUCAACAAUGGAAAUUAGUUCUUGAACAUAGGUCAUAUGGAUAUAACUGGCUUACACAAAUAAGAGCUCAAAAUGAUAGAGAUAAGAAAGAAAGCUUUAUGUCAUAUAUAAGACAAUUGUCAAAGGAUAAAAUAACUUUGUUGAUACAGGGUGGAUCAAAAGAUGAAAAUAAAACACAAACAGUUGAAUAUGUACUCAAACCAACUGAAUACUUGCCGAUGUUCAGAAAAGGAUCAAACAAUUGGGCAUUAACAUCACAGUAUGUGAAUGGUCGUCACUUCUUAACUGCUUUCGAACUUAAUGAAGGCACUCUUAUUCUUGAAAGUCCUGCUGAAGACGUAGCUUCUCGAACUCUAAGACCGCUAAUAAAAAAAGAUGGCCAAUAUAUUCAGGGUCUGUGGUCACAAAGGCUUCUUUACUUGAUACGAAAGAAUGAAUUGGAAGUGCACAGUGCUAACUUUUCAGUUAUUCAAGGAGAAGCCUUACUAGGUAUGAAGCGUGAUUUCUCAGAGCUAUGGGCGGCAGAAUUAAUUGGUGAUGUUCAGAAGGCCUAUCUCAUGGCCGCUAAAGAGCCAUCGUCAACAAAUUCAGGGUGGCGGGAACCGACUUUUUUAUGUGACCUGCAGCUACCAAGGUUUAUUUUGGAACCAUGCUUGGUGAUUACUUCAUGCGGAGCAUAUAUUUUAAAUACUGUUUGCGAACCAUGCGAAUGGCUAGUCGGUCUCAUAAUGCGUGGUGGUGUGGGGGCAGAGUUAUCUGCCGCGGCACUAGCUGCCCCUGUGCCCACUUUGCUCAGAGCUGCUGCUGAUAUGCUUAUGUCUAGAGGCAAGAUUGCCCCCGCGCAGUAUUUGUACUCUUUGUCGCAGAGUCAGCCAGAUGGCUGGAUCGCUCGUUUGGGCGUAUUUGGACGAAUACAUGAAUUAUCCAUGUAUAAACAGACAGGAAAUGUUGGCAGUCUGGGAAAUGUAGCUGUGACUGCGAAACUUUUAGCGUUAUUGCUGAAAAUCAGAACAAAUAAUGAGGAAAAGUUUGAUAUGGACGUUAAAUUAACAAAUUUGGGAACAGUUGAAUUAUUAGAGUUAGCGUCAGUAGCUGCUGCAACUGGUCUUUGGGAAUUGGUCCCAGUAUUCAGUAUUCAUCGUGGUCACCCUAACUUGCUUCUAUCGGCUAUAAAGUCAAGAAGUGAUAUAUGUAGAGGUGCUAUCACUUGUCUAUUGAAUCAACCAUGUCUUGUGCCCAUACUUUUAGAAGAAAACGGACAAUGGCUUUUCGAUUUUAUUUCGGAAAAGUGCAAUAACUUUGAUACACUGCUUUUGAAGCGAUUGUGUCUAUGGCUCAAUCCACUUCAAGAUCAGAUGCGUCCAGUUAUGCGGGAUUUGAAGCAGGGAAUCACUUCAAUAUAUGCAACCAGAAUGCUCCAACUUAUAGCGACAUUCAUGCACGUAGCGUGUGCAAUAGAAGCUCGAAUACCUUGUUCAGAAAUAUAUACGGAAUUUAGUCGAAAUCCAGACACAUGGAAAUACCAGUUCUUGCCUCGAAGGUCUCUGGCUUGUGGUCUUGGACAUUGGGCAGUGGCUGAUGAUGGGAAUGCGAAGAUUAUGAUCGCGAAUACAACGGUUAAUACGGAGUUGAUUGGAAGCGUUAUAGAUGUCGCUUGUGGGAGGCAUCACACGCUUUUGUUGACGGAAAAUGGGAUAUACAGCUCAGGUGACAACUCAUACGGCCAGCUAGGUGUAGGAUGCGCUUGGCCGGGUGGUAUAGGCGAUUCUGCCACAGCCCACGGUUCAUUGAUGCUGGUCCAUCGUCGCUGGACCGCUCCUCUUACUGCUAUAGCCGCGGGACAUUAUCAUUCGGCUGCUAUUGAUCUUGGAGGCCGGUUGUAUACUUGGGGGUGGGGUGUACAUGGUCAGUUGUGUCUAGGCAGUAUUGAUGACCAUUGUCUUCCCCAACUGGUCACUAAAUUUCAAGGAAGAAAAGUGCUAAGCGUAGGUUGCGGGGCAUGUCAUACUGUUGUGUUAAUGAUGAACGGGGAAGUGUGGGCAAGCGGAGCGGGCGUGUUCGGGCAACUCGGUAGCGGAGCCCGGGAAAAGGCAUCUCUGCCUGUACGGGUGGCACUCCCUGAUAGCAUUGAGAGCAUCGCUGUUGGGUACUUUCAUAACUUGGCGCUAUCCUCCAAAGGCCAAGUGUGGUGUUGGGGUGCGAGUCCCCAACAAGUGCGAGCUACACAUGCGCGACGCGCAUCUACCCCCUCUCUCCCCACACCGGUCGCACAAACAGCACCUGCUGUAAACGCCGUACAAGCAGCACCAGCUUCACCUACGGGUCCACCACCGGAUCCGCACUUGGUGCCGCAGCUAGUGGAUAUACUAAACGUGAAAGGAAGGAUUGUACAGAUGUCAGCUGGUUGGCAUCAUUCCUGUAUCAUCAAUAAUGUUGGCACAAUUUACACCUGGGGUUUGAAUUUCGACGGACAAUUGGGUAGUGGAGAUAGAAAACAAGUACAAAUACCGACGGAAGUACAAAUACGUACUGACUCACAACCGGACAAUGUGAAAGCAAAACCCACAGAAGAAGUUGAGACUAUGGAUGUUAGAACCAAGGCUCUUGUGGCUUGUGGUGGUGACUUUACCGUUUAUAUCGAUGACGAUGGACGGAUUUAUGCUACUGGAAAUAUGCAUUUGCAGCCAAACAACGAAAAAGAAAAUAGCAAUAACCGUGUCAUAAUGAUGAAGACAACAAAACGCGUUAUAAAAAUACCCGCGAGUCGAAGCAACAACAAAUUCUUAUUCCAACCUGUAGAUAGAAUCGAUAUCAUGUUCCCAUUCGAUAUUGACGGGCUAGAGAGAAAACCCAUAGAGCCCGGUCUAAACCCUCUCGCAACGAUGGCAGAUUUCAAGAAGAAAACCUGGGCUGACGACAUCAUACUACUCCUAAAACCCUGGAUCAAUGAAGAAACACUCUUGGGAAACCCAAAUAUGGCAGCAAAACUCGCAUUUCACAACAAAAAUUACGCAGAUUGUCUAAAAUACCUAUUGACCAAUCUGAAAUGCAUUCCUCAAAACGAUCAACUUUAUCUCACACAUCAAGAUAACAUGGACGAUGCGAAUGACAUGAGAAAACGAGACGAACUUAAAAUUAUUAUCACAAACGCAAUAUCGAAACGCAUAAAAGAUGUCUCAAUGGCAAUAUUGAAUGAGGAACCUUAUCCAGUUAUUGAUUCAAGUGUUUAUCAAACAUUACCGUGUUGUUGCGAUGAACUCAAAUAUUCAAUGAAACGCAUAAUCCCUACAUCUGUUCCCAUUGUCAAUGUUCCAGAAGUUAAUUUAUCGCUAAGAGCCGCUCAAAUAAUAGACAAAUGUAUAACUCUGUUUCCAAUCGAAACAGAAUUGUGGGAGACAUGUUUUAGACUGUCGAGAGAUUUCUUCUUAGAGAAUAAUUUGUCUCCUGAAGAAUUGGAAGUGGUAUUAGGGAAAUUUAUGGAAUCUAAUGCGACGACGAUGGCUUCGGCCAUUAUGUUUUCUAAGGAUUGCGCUCAGUAUAGUGAGAUAUUGUCGCCUAAGUUCUAUUUGAAUAUGUGCAGCGACAUUUUGGAUACUUGGGGUUGAAAAUAAAAUAGCAAUGGCAUUGUGGCAAUAAAACUUAUUAUUCAAAAUAAUAUGUAAUCGAAAUUACAUGAAUUUAUAUUGAAAGGAAGUGCUCCGUAAUGGAAGAAUGGGAUCUGGGAUCAGAUUUUUGUACUAUAUGAGUACAUAAUAUUAUAAUGUAUACAUUUAACCAUUUACUAUUUAAUGUGAAAAUAGAUGACGAUAUUAAAGCUAAUUAAUCCCUUUUACAUAUCCUGUUAAUCAACAAUAAUUACAAUGAAGUUUAAAUCAUACUCCUUAUACCUUGAUAUGAAUAUGUAGAAGAUUUUGAAAAAAUAAUUAGAUUAAAUAUGGCCUAUUGUAAACAUAUUUUUAUACUGCGUAGUUAAUUUUAUUAUGGCCCUAAUGCAAUAUAUUAUAAUCUUGCCAUUUAGUUAAAUGUUUUAUAGAUUUUUUUAUUGAUAGCGUUUAGAUAUAUUAAUUUUAAUGUCUUUCUUUUUAAACUACUUCAAUGAUGUGUUCUUUUUACAUGGUGAAAUAAAUGUGCAGCUAUUAUGUGUUCCUAAUAUUUACACUGUUAUGUAUCUAUGACUUUUUCUAUUCUUUGUUAUCUAUAUUUUAUAUAAAAUAUUAUAUACUGUUGUAUUUUAACUUGUUUUAAUAUUAUGACAGUGUUAAUUUUUGCCUUCUAGUCAAUAGAACUUUUCUGUCAACUUGUUUUUAACGAAUUAUUUAGGAUAAUUUUUAGACGAUUGAUUUGAAUUGUAUAAAUAAUGUAAUACAUAAUAAUACUGAGAAUCUUAAAUGUCACCUGUCUAUUAAUUAAUGCUACGAUUUUAAUGUGUCCGAAUUGUAAUUGACUAAAACUAAUCUUCUCUGUAACUGUGUUAUCUAUGUAAGAAAUAAAAUACAUGUGAUCGA